CAUGUUGCUCUUGAACUGAUACCGCUAUUUGAUUGUUGCUAUGAAACCAACACUCUCAUAUUGCGCCAUACCUAUUGCCAUAGUUGACACGAAGGGCGUUACACGUUGUCUCGACAGUGACUCUUCACAGGGCGCGGUCGACAUGACAAGGUGGUGGAUUAAUAAUGGAGAAUGCCGUCAAAAUUUACCGUGAUGGUCUCGGAGGGUCACCCUAGGAAAAUAGUCUGGUCUCGCGUAAAUCUGUGGCUUUUUUUGCUGGCUAUGACUCGAAUUAUUCGACACGGGCUAUUUCUGCCGACGUCGGAUUCAGCCGUAAGACGGGGAAUAGAUGAUGAUGAAUCUGACAAAUGUAAGAUGAGAAAACAAGUGCAAACUCAAUGAGAACAGAACCAAGAGUUUGGCAGCAGUAGCAGAGCACAGUAGAGCAGAGCAGAGCAGAGACUGAAUGAAAGUCGUAAAAAUCUUUCAUCACUCGAUUUUUACGUACAAGACCCCGCCGUAAUUCCCCAGUGGACAUCUAUAGAACAUCUCCUGUGGGUCCAUCUCCAAAUCCCCAAAAUCUGAAGCCCAAGAUCACAAACUUAUCAAUCGGAUAAACGGGUGUAAGCACGUCCUCGAAAUGACGAAAAAUAAGCUUAGCUCUACGCGGCUCGAAUUCCGCUUAAAAAUGACUACUCCAUGAUCUAUUUCCAGGCCGGGGUCGGCUCGGAUGGCACCUUUUUUUUACAUGCGCCCUACAACAUGUCAACGAGCUAGGCAUGGUAUGGACGGAUGGAUCAGUCAAUGGGUCAAUCACAACAGGGCGCAGAGGAGCAGAGGCAGAGAUAUAAAUCCUGGGGGGGUCAGCUGAGUUGAAUUUUGGUCAAUAAUCCUCAUCAGCUUCAUCUCCUCUUGCACUGAGCUAAAGCUUCACUUGAUUGCUUUCAACUAUGAGCUCUGCAUCAGCUACAAUGACAGCCAAGGUUCCAUCGUUUGUUGACGUUCAGGUCACUAAACUGCCGGCUACUCCCCCAGAGUAUGAACAUCUCGGCAUUCAGCGAAACGGAAGCAUUCAUCCUUGGGGCUCAGCACAUGCACUCGCCUCAACGCUGAAAGGAAAAAUGACAAAGAAACCAGAAGUCCAGAUCCUCAUCAACGGCCACUUCAACUCAAAGGUGUACACCACCAACUCUGAAGUCUCUGGCGUCGUCAACAUCACACCUGCUAGAAACACUCGCUACGAUCGAAUUGACAUUUCUCUCGAUGGACUGAGCGAGACGCGAAGGGAUGGUCCUGACAUGACGCACAUGACAUCCCAUCGAUUUCUUCGACUAGAGAUGCCAAUCGACGAGUAUCCUAACAACGUGCUUGAAGCCGGCGUCACUUAUACAUUCCCCUUCAUCUUCAACAUCCCAGCUCAUCUCUCCUCCAAAGCAUGCACGCACAAGACCACUUCCGAAGACGUCUGGGAACGACACAUGGCACUGCCUCCUACACUCGGCGGCUGGGAGAAAGACGACAUGGCACCUGACAUGGCGCGAGUGACAUAUAGCAUCAAAGCAUAUGUGCUCACACGAGCUAAGCAAGGUUUCAACAUUUCUCUCGGCAACUCCCAUACCAUCAACGUCAUGCCGACAUCCUUCGAAGAGCCUCCUAUGAACAUCACUGAGCGAGACGAUUUAUACAAGAUUGAGAGGUCCAAGAAGGUCAAGAAGAACAUCUUUUCUGCUUCACAGGGCAGAAUAUCUGCAGUGGCGGCGCAACCAGCUGCAAUUCAUCUCACCAAAGAGGGUUACGAAGCUAGCGGAUCUUCAAUUCCCAUCAGCUUUACGUUUGAGCCUUCUGCCGCUGAUGUGAUUCCCCCGCAAUUCACAUCUGCUUCUCUCAAGAUUCAAGCACAUACUUGGUUCCGCGAUCAACCGAUGAUGAACCUACCAACACAGGGAUCUUCAAUCGCAAACUUUGGCUAUCCAUUCGCAGUGUCUCUCCCGAAAACCUCUCCCAAGGUUCAGUGGACUCAGAACGUCGACAUGACAAGCACCAAAGAUUCACCCAUCUUUCACACAGCUACAGUCGAAAUUCCCUUCAAGCUGCCAACAGCCGACAAGAUGUUUGUGCCAACAUUUCACUCCUGCAUUAUUUCACGAGCAUACACCGUCAAGAUCGUUAUGGAGGGCGAUGUCAAGAUGGAUCUGACAGUUCCAGUGCAAGUGGUGAUGGGAACACCCGAUGUCUAGGAAACUUUCGUUAGUAUUGCUUUUGGGCUAGUUUGGCGUUUUUCGGGAUGCUCCAGUUUGACGAGAGAUGAAAAGAUAUCCAGGCGAGCAUUAUCCGAUAGAGUUAGUUUUAUUAAUAGUAAUUGUUUGUCAUGAUCCGUUUCCCCA